ACAUCAACCACUACCCCACUCUCUACAACUACUGGAACAACAACACCAACCACUACACCACUCUCUACAACUACUGGAACAACAACACCAACCACUACACCACUCACUACAACUACUGGAACAACAACAUCAACCACUACCCCACUCUCUACAACUACUGGAACAACAUCAUCAACCACUACAUCACUCUCUACAACUACUGGAACAACAACAUCAACCACUACCCCAAUCUCUACAACUACUGGAACAACUAGACAAACCACUACCCCACUCUCUACAACUACUGGAACAACAUCAUCAACCACUACACCACUCUCUACAACUACUGGAACAACAACAUCAACCACUACCCCAAUCUCUACAACUACUGGAACAACUAGACAAACCACUACCCCACUCUCUACAACUACUAGAACAACAUCAUCAACCACUACACCACUCUCUACAACUACUGGAACAACAACAUCAACCACUACCCCACUCUCUACAACUACUGGAACAACAACACCAACCACUACACCACUCACUACAACUACUCGAACAACAACAUCAACCACUACCCCACUCUCUACAACUACUGGAACAACAUCAUCAACCACUACACCACUCUCUACAACUACUGGAACAACAACAUCAACCACUACCCCAAUCUCUACAACUACUGAAACAACUAGACAAACCACUACCCCACUCUCUACAACUACUGGAACAACAUCAUCAACCACUACACCACUCUCUACAACUACUGGAACAACAACAUCAACCACUACCCCAAUCUCUACAACUACUGGAACAACUAGACAAACCACUACCCCACUCUCUACAACUACUAGAACAACAUCAUCAACCACUACACCACUCUCUACAACUACUGGAACAACAACAUCAACCACUACCCCAAUCUCUACAACUACUGGAACAACUACUACUGGAACAACAACACUAACCACUACACCACUCUCUACAACUACUGGAACACCACUCUCUACAACUACUGGAACAACACCACCAACCACUACCCCACUCUCUACAACUACUGGAACAACUAGACAAACCACUACCCCACUAUCUACAACUACUGAAACAACAACACCAACCACUACCCCACUCUCUACAAGUACAGGAACAACAACACCAACCACUACACCACUCUCUACAACUACUGGAACUACAACAUCAACCACUACCCCACUCUCUACAACUACUGGAACAACAACAUCAACCACUACACCACUCUCUACAACUACUGGAACAACAACAUCAACCACUACACCACUCUCUACAACUACUGGAACAACAACAUCAACCACUACCCCACUCUCUACAACUACUGGAACAACAACAUCAACCACUACCCUAAUCUCUACAACUACUGGAACAACUAGACAAACCACUACCCCACUCUCUACAACUACUGGAACAACAACAACCACUACACCACUCUCUACAACUACUGGAACAACAACAACAUCAACCACUUCAUCACCAUCUACAACCACUGGAACAGCAUCAACCACUACAACUACUGAAACAACAACAUCAACCACUACACCCCCAUCUACAACUACUGGAACAACAACCACUAGAACUACACCAAGAUCUACAACUACUGGAACUACAUCAUCAACAACUACACCACAAUCUACAACUACUGGAACAACAACCACUACAACUACACCACAAUCUACAACUACUGGAACAACAACAACCACUGCAACUACCAUAACAAGAACUACUACUACAUCUACACCACCAUCUACUAUAACUAAAAGUAAGGUUAUAGUUUUUAUUAAAUUUAAGCCCAGCUGA